GUGUGCGAGCGACCAUUUAAAAGAGGUGUCUGGGUGAAAUCAUCUCAUCAACAGGAUCACUCAGCAGCAAACAUGAGGUGUCUGGUCUUCAUUCUGCUCAUCGGAGUGGCCUUUGCCGAGGACGACAAGAUCGUCGGAGGGUAUGAGUGCACACCUUACUCUCAGGCCCACCAGGUGUCUCUGAACGCUGGGUACCACUUCUGUGGUGGCUCUCUGGUCAGUGCGGAGUGGGUUGUGUCUGCUGCCCACUGCUACAAGUCUCGUAUUGAGGUGCGUCUGGGAGAGCACCACAUCAAUGUGAACGAGGGAACUGAGCAGUUCAUUAGCUCCUCCCGCGUCAUCCGCCACCCCAACUACAACUCCUACACCAUUGACAAUGACAUCAUGUUGAUCAAGCUGAGCAGGGCCGCCACCCUCAACAGCUACGUGGAGACCGUUGCUCUGCCCACCAGCUGUGCCCCCGCUGGCACCAUGUGCACUGUCUCUGGAUGGGGCAACACCAUGAGCUCCACCGCUGACAGGAACAAGCUGCAGUGCCUGCAGAUCCCCAUCCUGUCUGAUAGAGACUGCGACAACUCCUACCCCGGCAUGAUCACUGACUCCAUGUUCUGUGCUGGAUACCUGGAGGGAGGCAAAGACUCCUGCCAGGGUGACUCUGGUGGCCCUGUGGUGUGCAACAAUGAGCUGCAGGGAGUGGUGUCCUGGGGCUAUGGCUGUGCUGAAAGAGACCACCCUGGAGUCUAUUGCAAGGUCUGCAUCUUCACCGACUGGCUGAGGGAUACCAUGGCGAGCAAUUAAACUGCUCACCCAUCCACAGUGUAGCGACCACUGACUACCAUCAAAGUGAAUAAAAACUUUUAAAACAA